GCGCUGCCCCCGCGCGGUCCCGCCCCCCGGUAGUCCCCGUUAACCCCUUCCCCCCCGUGUGUCGCCCCCGGUUCUGCCCCGCCGGGGCCCGACUGGAGCUGCCCACGGCCGGGAUGCGCCGCCGCGAUGGAUGAGUUCCACCCCUUCAUCGAGGCGCUGCUGCCGCACGUCCGGGCCUUCUCCUACACCUGGUUCAACCUCCAGGCCCGCAAGCGCAAGUACUUCAAGAAGCACGAGAAGAGGAUGUCCAAGGAGGAGGAGCGCGCCGUCAAGGACGAGCUGCUGGGCGAGAAGCCGGAGGUCAAGCAGAAGUGGGCCUCGCGCCUCCUGGCCAAGCUGCGCAAGGACAUCCGGCCCGAGUGCCGCGAGGACUUCGUGCUCUCCGUCACCGGCAAGAAGGCGCCGUGCUGCGUGCUCUCCAACCCCGACCAGAAGGGCAAGAUCCGCCGCAUCGACUGCCUGCGCCAGGCCGACAAGGUGUGGCGCCUGGACCUGGUGAUGGUCAUCCUGUUCAAGGGCGUGCCGCUGGAGAGCACCGACGGCGAGCGCCUGGCCAAGGCGCCGCAGUGCGCCAGCCCCGGCCUCUGCGUGCAGCCCCACCACAUCGGCGUCACCAUCAAGGAGCUCGACCUCUACCUGGCCUACUUCGUGCACGCGCCAGAUUCCGGACAGACGGACAGCGCCAACCCGCAGGGGGACGCGGACAUCAAACCACUGCCCAACGGUGCGAGCCGCCCCUGGGUCCCGCGGCCGCUGGCGCUGAGGGUCCCUGCAGGCAGCCCGCGGGCCUCGGCCUCGGCGCUGCACUUCCCGUCGGGGUCCCUCCUGCCCCAGUCGAGCCCCUACUUCGCCCACCCCACCAUCCGCUACCACCACGGGCAGGACUCGCUCAAGGACUUCGUGCAGUUCGUCUGCGCCGACGGCGCCGCCCCGGGCCCCCAGGUGCGGCGGGGACACGGGCGGGGGGCGCGGGGGCGGCCCCGGGGGGCGCGGGGGCGCGCGGGGACAGCGGGACCCCCGCCCCGGCCACGCCCCGCUGGAUGCAAAUGAGGCCGAGGAGGCGGGGCGUGUAUGCAGAUGAGGGCGAGGUGACGCGCGUUAUGCAAAUGAGGAGAGAUGGGGCGUGGUUUGUAUGCAAAUGUAGCGCGAAAGGGGCGGGGUCUGUAUGCAAAUGAGCCCAGGCGGCGGCGGGGGCAGGAGGGGGUGACGGGGACCCCCCAAAAUCCGCCCUGGGGAC